AUGUCCAGCCCCGAAGAGCAAGACAUGGCUGCCAUGCAAGCGCACAUUACUCGCCCAAGAACUCUCUCACUGCUUGAACAGUCUCGCCUAAAGGCCACGGUCGAUUCAUUACCCCCAAAGCCGGUGGCCGACUUUUUACUCUCGGUAUGCAUCAAACACGGUGUCGACAUAUUCUUCUACUUUGAUCAAGCCCAAGUCAUCGACGAGCUAGACCAGUUUUACUCCAACCCAACAUCUCCCUUGAGGGUUGACCCCAGCUUUAUUUGUCUUGUGUUGGCAAUAUUUGCUCUUGGUAGCCACUGGACGCCUCUCGAAAGACCAAGUAACUCGCCACAGACCCUCCAAACUGAAGAGUGCGACCCGGGUCGUGUCUUCUUCCAUCAAGCUAAACUCCUCGUUCCCGACAUCAUAGAGAGGUCAUGCUUGAGAUCGAUUCAAGCCUGCUUUCUUCUUGGUGUCUACCUCAUGCCUUUGAGUGCUGUCGGGUCUUCAUACAUCUAUAUGGGCCUGGCUCUAAGGAAGGCGUUGGCGUUUGAUCUACAUCAAAGCUCGGAUGAUCAAACGCUGGAUGAGCGAGAGCGGGAGAUUCGCCGUCGACUUUGGUGGUCUAUUUACUCUCUCGAACGAUGCACAACCGUUAAGCUCAACCGGCCGCGGUCCGUUGAUGCGGAUAUCAUCAAGACUCCGUUACCGACCCCUCUGCCAUCACUUGACAAGGCCCAGAAGUUUGACAACAUCCAACUCCAAAUUGCCUAUGCACGUUUGAUAAUAAUAUUGGACCGUGCUACAGACUUAGAGACCCGGUCAACCGAAGUUACGAAACCCCCGGAGUCAGCAAAUGCGGAAGCCAAGCUAAGAGAGUGGAAGAAGUCCCUACCCGAAGACUUUGAUCUGGAGAAUAUUAACCCUCGGGACUCGAGAUACCGGGCUGUCUUUCACCUGUAUUUGAACUACUAUUAUGCCUGGAUCGCCAUCGGCAAGGUCUCACUAAUUACAGCCGUGAGAACUACGCUUCAACAUCAUCUGGGACAGGAAUCCCAGCCAUUUAGAAUUGACGGGGCGAUCGAAGGAUUAUCCAAGUCCUGCACAAAAGCGGCGAGAAAGCUCCUUCAACUUUUCAAGGACUUGACCCGCAUCCGAAAUACGGCUCGAUUCUCUUUCACGGACUUUCAAGGCUGCAGUAUUGCAACGAUCGUUACUCUCAUUGCGGGAAUUCUUGAAAGGGACUCUACAUACGAGAGUAGAGUGAACUUUGGUUUAAACUGUCUCCGAGACAUGGCAGCCGGGAACUUGACUGCCAAGGUGGGCGUGAGAUUCGUGGAAACACUGCAAUCCAUCUCAAACGAGGCGGCUCGUAAGCUCCGGCAAUCUGGAACCUUUUCAGACGAACUUCAAGAAGAUUCAGAGUCAUUGCAGCCUUCAGCGUAUGAUGACUGGGCAGCAUGGCUUGCAAGUCAACAACAACAACAGACGAGCCAUUUCGACGGUACGGCCGAACGAGACACAACCGAUGGGCUUGCACCUACAACCAUGGAGUCAUCUGCUCCGGAUAUGAACUUGUGCAAUCUGCAAAACACGGAUGAGGAUACUGGGUGGAAUCAUAGGGGUGGACAGGUGCUCGAUCCACUCUCAACUGCGAGAUUGUUGAUGCAACAGCCCACAGCAGUGUCCGAACCAAUGGCCGUGCCAGAGAACAAUUUCACCUCGGCGGUUUAUAGUGAUGACCAGAGCUUUUUGAUCGGCCUUACAGGGCUUGAUGUACUGGACUUUGCGGGUUAUUCAACUCAGCUGGACUGA